CAAGUAGCACUUCCUGCUAAAAAGUGUUCCCUAACAACCAGUCAACUACGAGAAGAGUGAGCGUGAUGGAGUUACGGCCAGGAGGGGGUUGAAUUUGUUUGGGGGUGGUCAUCGGGAAAGCGUAUUCCCUCAUGGGUUUGUUUACUCUCUUUGUUUUUGGAGAAUAAUUGGCUGACUAUAGCACGAAGAUCAAAGAAGAUUCUCAGCAAGUGAUGGAUGAUCCCCAAGAAUUAACAGAGCUGCCUGCAAAGAAGGCUCGUCAUGAGUUACAUGGCACUAGAGAGCAUGAAUUGAGUAGGACAGAUGGAAAGCUUAAUGGUAAUAGCCAGGUGAGUGGAGGAGAGCCUACCUUGCUAAAGCCUGAUUCUGCCAGCUUUUCCAUUGCCAACAUUGCCCUCUCUGGUGCAGUCAAAGCAGAAGACACUGCUUCAGGAAAUGAUUCUGCCACAUCUGUAGUGAGUGACCCAGCAGGUACUUACACACAGGCCGUAACUAGUGCAGGCUUCAGUACAAAAACAACAAAUGAAUAUACCUCACAGCUUUAUCAAGUGAGCAAGCCAUAUACACAUAUUAUUUCUCCAUCCAUACCAGCACCCGUUACAACCUAUGCUGGGCAGCAGCCGUAUACAACCAUAUCUCCAACCACCACUUAUAGUGCCUACCACCAGACCAACCAGAAUUAUGGAUUACCUCCAUUUGGUGUCAUGUGGCCAGGAAUUAAGUCUGAAAGUGGAAUAACUCCUGCGCCCUGUGUUGGACAACCUGGUUUUGUGAAUUUUAGUACAGCUUUUACAUCUGUACAAGCUGGUCAAGCACAUUAUUCUUAUCCUUCUCAAGGUUCUAAUUUUACAACAUCAAGCGUUUACUCUAGUAUACCUGGGAACCCAGUGGUAACAGUUUCUUCAGGAGCACAGCAGCAAGAGUACCCCACCUACACCUCCAUAGGUCAGAACCAGUAUACCCAAUAUUAUGCAGGCUCUGGUUAUGGUUCUGUGGGUGUUGUAAACAGUAAUGUUAGCAGUGCUACUGUUGACACUACACCUUUUGAGUGUGAUAAGACCAAAGUUCUGCACCAAGCUGAUUCUUCAGUAGGAUCACCCCCCUCAACAAAUGUAAGAGAUGCUGAAGAUCUUGGUCGUAGAAAUAGUACAGGAAAAACCAAAGGAAAGGCGAAGAAAGGAGACAAUUCAAAAUCGGCAGAUAAUGACUUGGAGAGAGUAUUUUUGUGGGAUUUGGAUGAAACUAUAAUUGUAUUCCACUCAUUACUUACUGGAAACUAUGCUGAAAAAUUUGGCAAGGAUCAAGCUGCAACCUUGACCCUAGGACUUCAGAUGGAGGAGCUUAUAUUUGAGCUAGCUGACAAUCACUUGUUUUUCAAUGAUUUGGAGGAAUGUGACCAAGUUCACAUAGAAGAUGUUGCAUCUGAUGACAAUGGUCAAGAUUUAAGUAACUACAAUUUCUCUGCGGAUAGCUUCAGUGGUUCUGGAAGUGGAUCUUGCAACAGUUCGACAGGUGGUGUCCAGGGAGGUGUGGAGUGGAUGAGGAAAUUGGCAUUCCGCUAUCGCCGCCUUAAAGAAAUAUACAAUGCCUAUAAAUCUAAUGCUGGUGAACUUCUCAGUCCAGGGAAACGUGACUUACUCAUUCGUCUUCAAGCUGAAGUUGAGUCUAUUACUGAUUCCUGGUUAGGAAUUGCAUUGAAAUCAUUGCAUCUUAUUCAAUCAAGAGGAAAAUGUAUAAAUGUGUUGGUUACCACCACUCAGUUGGUACCUGCAUUGGCUAAAGUGCUUCUUUAUGGAUUAGGUGAAGUUUUCCCAAUUGAAAAUAUAUACAGUGCAACAAAAAUUGGAAAAGAAAGUUGCUUUGAACGAAUUAUGUCACGUUUUGGGAAAAAAGUUACAUAUGUGGUUAUUGGUGAUGGACGUGAUGAAGAGUUUGCAGCCAAACAGCACAACAUGCCAUUUUGGAGAAUAAGCAAUCAUGGAGAUCUAAUAUCACUGCACCAAGCUCUGGAACUUGAUUUCUUAUAACAUUGGAGACAAUAGGACUAUUUCAUAAACUUAAUACAGGAGUAAGCCAAUAAACAAAAUACCCCGAUGAAGACAAUCAAUGCAGUGCCACAUAAACUGGGCAAUUUACGUUCAAAAUCAUGAGCUGAAUGUGAACUGAAGCUUGAGAGACAAGGAUGGAUUUUGUGCUAUUUCAUCCAUAAACAGCAUUUCUUUUUCACAGAUGUAUUGAGUAACAUUUUUGAAAACCACGGCUGAUGGUGUUUUUUUUUUUUUUUUUGAUGUUCUGAACCAGAUCAAGGCAUCA